AUGUGCUCCAAAAUUGUCAUUUCUCUUUGUCUAUUGGUUGCUGUUACUGCGGCAAUUCCAGCAACCGGCUUCGGUGAUUACCAAGGUCCGCCAGCUCCAGGUGCCAACCCUUGGAUUCCAUCAUGGAUUUCCCAGGCCCCAUGGAUGCCUCAAUGGACACCAUGCACCGGGAUUGGCUCCACCUGCCUGGACUGCAACACCAAACAGAUUUGUACCAAAAUCGGUGGUCUUAAAAGACCAUGUAACGACCCCACCCUUCCCUACUGCAACCUUGGAGAAUGCUCAGCCACACCCACAGCAGAAUGUGCCCCAGCGGAUGCCCCGAUAGAAGCAGUGCCAGCAUAA